CUGCUCGAAGGGAAGAGCGAGACGUGGACGGUUCCUCAACAGCCCUGCGACCUCAGAGUGGUAUUUGUGAAGCCGAGACUCGGAUCAACAUUCUUUUGGAAUCUGCUUUGCUAGUAUCAUAUUCGUGCCAGACUGCAACAUGGGAAACGGGUAUUACAGCCUCAUGGCCACUGUGCUGCUGGUCACGAGUUUUGAGAGGACACUGAUGCAGGAUCCCUGCAGGAGCUGUCCAGCUGGAACUUUCUGUGGGCAAACCAAGAAUCCGAGCUGCAUUCCCUGUCCUUCAGACAGCUUCUCCAGCGCCGGCGGGCAGAAGGCCUGUGACAUCUGCAGGCGCUGUGAAGGUGUCUUCCGGACGAGGAGGGUGUGCACCCCCACCAGCAACGCCGAAUGCGAGUGCAUCCCAGGGUUCCACUGCCGCGGCGCCGGCUGUUCCAUGUGUGAGCCGGACUGCAGACGAGGCCAGGAACUGACCCUACACGGUUGUGAAGACUGCUCUGCUGGGACAUUUAAUGAUCAGAAACACGGCCCUUGUCAGCCCUGGACAGACUGUUCUGUGGACGGGAAGACGGUGCUGGUGAAUGGGACGAAGGAGAGCGAUGUGGUGUGUGGACCCGUCUCAGCCGACUUCUCUCCAGGCACAGCCACCACCGUGCCUGCCCCUGCGCCAGGUCACCACCCCCAGAUCAGCAUCUUCCUCGCGCUGGCGAUGACGGCCCUGUUCCUGGUGUUCUUGCUCAUGGUCCGCUUCUCCGCGUCCGCGCAGGGCAGGAAGAAACUGCUGUACAUGUUCAAACAACCGUUCCUGAAGACAGCGCGCACCGCCCAGGAGGAAGACAGCUGCAGCUGCGGCUUCCCGGAGGAGGAGGAGGGAGAGGGGCAGAGGCUGUGACCGAGCGCGCCGGACGCUUCUGACAAGACCCGAAGGAGGAGUCCGAGUGAUCCCACCAGCAGAUCUUUCUGUGCUGAAAAAGGCCAUCCUAGACAACACCCAGAUGACCCCCAAGAUCCUUCCAAAUGCUGACGCGUGUGCCUUGAAAAUGUACCACCUUCCACAGGACAGAGCUGUUGGUAAAGGGGCAUUUUCUAGAUAGUACUUGACAGGGUUGGGCUCCUU